AUGUGGGCGGAGUGCCUGGAGGACGCCAGUCGGGUGUACUUUGGGGAGAAGGACAUCGGGAAGAUGUUCCGCCUUCUGCAUCCUCUCCACCUGGUGAUGGACCGUGGUCACGAGACCAACAAUGAGGCUGCCUUCCUGCAGGAGUUUGGCACAGCCUUGACCAACUGCCGAAUCUACUGUGAACGUUUUGAACAGCUGGGUGCCAAGGCGGAACUGCAACAGGCUUGGGAUGGCUACUAUACCCUCUACCGUAAUGUGAGUUUAAGUUUAUUUGGUUAA